UUCCGGUGGCCUCGUGGCCCCGGGGGUCGCUUCCUGGUGUCCCCUGGCCACGUGUCCCCGUGUCCCUGGGGGUCUCUUCCUGCUGGCCCCUGGCCGCGUGACCCCGGGAAUCUGUUCCUGGUGGCCCUCAGGACACAGCCGCCAUGGCUGAGGAGAUGGGGACCAGGGCCACCAGGAAGGCCACUUUGUCACCUGGCAGUGCCCGGGGCGCGGCCACCGAGUCCAGCACGCUGCUCCAGGAGCUGCGGGGCAACAUCUCCAAAUCCGUGCAGAGCAAGGUGGACUCCAUCCUGCAGGAUGUGCAGAAGUUCUCGGACAGUGACAAACUCUACCUGUACCUGCAGCUGCCCUCGGGGCCCAGCCUGGGCGAGAAGAGCAGCAGCAGCAGCAGCAGCAGCAGCAGCAGCAGCAGCUCCUCGCUGGAGCUGAGCGCGCUGGGCACGGCCGAGCACAUGCACGCCUGCAGCUGGAUCCGCAACCACCUGGAGGAGCACACGGACACCUGCCUGCCCAAACAGGACGUCUACGACGCCUACAAGCGUUACUGCGACAACCUCGGCUGCCGCCCCCUGAGCACGGCCAAUUUCGGCAAAAUCAUCCGGGAAAUCUUCCCAAACAUCAAAGCCCGGCGCUUGGGAGGCCGAGGACAAUCCAAGUACUGCUACGGUGGGAUCCGGAGGAAGACGGUGGUGAGCCUUCCUCCCCUGCCCAGCCUGGACCUGAAAGCCACCGAGACCGCGGAGCUGGCAGAUCUCGUCCCCUCCUACAGCUCGGAGGUGACAGAGGCCGCCUGUGCCCUGACGUGUGACUGGGCUGAGAAGAUCCUCAAGCGCUCCUUCAACAACAUCGUGGAGGUGGCGCAGUUCCUGCUGCAGCAGCACAUCAUCAGCUCCCGCUCUGCCCACGCUGACCUCCUCAUGGCCAUGGUGGUGGCAGAAACCACGGACAAGCCCCCCCAGGACCCCCGGCCCCCCUCAGCCCCCCGCAAGAACGGCCCGGACCCCUCGGACAGCGGCGAGCGCAGCCAGGAGCAGCCCAAGAAGGACACUGUCCCCAAAGGCCACCUCCCAUCGCGGCCGGACAAGAAGAAAGCCCCGGAGCCCCCCAGGCCGGCCAGCAGCCCCCAGGUGACCGCCCUGGUGGCCCGGCUGCCCCUCCUGCUGCCCCGAAUCCCCCCCCCGGAGCGACCCCCGGCCCCCGGCGCCGCCCCCCUGCGCCCGUCCCCUCCCGUCCUUGUCCCCAAGCUGACGGCGGCACCCUUGGGUGGCACGGUCAAGGUGGCCCUGCCGCUGCCCGUGGGGACGGCGCUGGCCCCGGGGGGCUCGGGGCUGCUGAGCCCCCCCGGAGCCAUCCCCGUGCUCAACGUGCUGCUGCCCGGGGUGGGGGUCCCGCCCUGCGCCGAGACCCCCGGAGGCGGCGCCAGGGCGGGAGGGGACGGCGAGGGACAGCGCGGUGGUGGCACCAAGGCCACCAAGCGUCCCCAGGAGGGAGGCGGGGAGGGGCCGGCGCACAAGAGGAGGAGGGGGAGGCCGAGGAAGAGGCCGGGGGACGCGGCGGGGUCACCCGAGGAGCUGGAGGUCCCCAAAGGGGAGGAGGGAGGGGACUCGUCGCCCCCAGGGGACUCGGCGGGGGGUGGCAGUGCCACUGUGGCCUUUGGGGACACGGAGGUGGCGGCUGGGGACGCUGGGGAGGACAUGGAUGUGGACAGUGAUGGGGGGGGUGGGGGGGACAGCUUGGAUGGUGUCACUGUCCCCCCUGGGGACAGCCAGGACAGUGUCACCGUGCCCCCUGGGGACAGCCAGGACAGUGUCACCGUGCCCCCUGGGGACAGUCAGGACAGUGGCAGUGUCACUGUCCCUGUUGGGGACAGCCUGGACAGUGUCACCGUGCCCCCUGGGGACAGCUUGGACAGUGUCACCGUCCCCCUUAGGGACAGCCAGGACAGUGGCAGUGUCCAGCCUGGGGACAGCCAGGACAGUGUCACCGUGCCCCCUGGGGACAGCUUGGACGGUGUCACUGUCCCCCCUGGGGACAGCCAGGACAGUGUCACCGUGCCCCCUGGGGACAGCCAGGACAGUGUCACCAUCCCCCUUAGGGACAGCCAGGACAGUGGCAGUGUCCAGCCUGGGGACAGCCAGGACAGUGUCACUGUCCCCCCUGGGGACAGCCAGGACAGUGUCACCGUGCCCCCUGGGGACAGCUUGGACAGUGGCAGUGUCACUGUCCCCAUUAGGGAUAGCCUGGACAGUGGCAGUGUCACUGUUGGGGACAGCCAGGACAGUGGCAGUGUCACUGUUGGGGACAGCCAGGACAGUGGCAGUGUCACUGUCCCCAUUAGGGACAGCCCAGCUGAAGGAAGUGCCACUGUCACUGUUGGGGACAGCAUGGACAGUGCCACUGUGCCCCCUGGGGACAGCCUGGACAGUGUCACCGUCCCCCUUAGGGACAGUAUGGACAGUGGCAGUGUCCUCCCUGGGGACAGCUUGGAGAGUGCCACUGUCCCCCCUAGGGACAGCUUGGACAGUGGCAGUGUCACUGUUGGGGACAGUAUGGACAGUGGCAGUGUCCAGCCUGGGGACAGCUUGGACAGUGGCAGUGUCACCGUUCCCCUUGGGGACAGCCUGGACAGUGGCAGUGUCACUGUUGGGGACAGCCUGGACAGUGUUGCCAUCCCCCUUGGGGACAGCUCGGACAGUGACAGUGUCCCUGGUGGUGGCUCUCCUGGUGGUGGCAGUGUCACUUCCCCCCUUGGGGACAGCCUGGUCCCCACUGGUGGCUCUCUUGGUGGUGGCAGUGCCACUGUCCUCAUCAGGGACAGCUCAGCCAUGGCCAGUGACACUGGGGACAGGCCAGAUGGUGGCAGUGCCACCCCUGGGGACAGGCCUGUCACCAGGAGUGCCACCAUUCCCAUCAGGGACAGCUCAGCUGGUGGCAGUGCCACUGUCCCCGUCAGGGACAGCCCAUCCAGGGACAGUGACACUGGGGACAGGCUGGAUGGUGACAAUGCCACCGCCCCUAUUGAGGACAGCCCAGGCAGGGACGGUGGCACUGCCACCACUGAAGGCAGCCCAGCCGCUGGCAGUGCCACUGUCCCCAUCAGGGACAGCUCACCCGGGGACACGGGGGACAGGACAGUCACCAGGAGUGCCACCAUCCCUGUCAGGGACAGCUCAUCCAGGGACAGUGACACUGGGGACAGGACAGUCACCAGGAGUGCCACUGUCCCCACCAGGGACAGCUCACCCAGGGACAGUGACACUGGGGACAGGCCUGUCACCAGGAGUGCCACCAUCCCCACCAGGGACAGCUCAUCCAGGGACAGUGACACUGGGGACAGGACAGUCACCAGGAGUGCCACUGUCCCCACCAGGGACAGCUCAUCCAGGGACAGUGACACUGGGGACAGGACAGUCACCAGGAGUGCCACCAUCCCCACCAGGGACAGCUCACCCAGGGACAGUGACACUGGGGACAGGCCUGUCACCAGGAGUGCCACCACUCCCAUAAGGGACAGUCUGGCUGGUGGCAGUGCCACUGUCCCUGUCAGGGACAGGCCUGUCACCAGGAGUGCCACUGUCCCUGUCAAGGCCAGCCCAUCCAGAGGCAGUGCCACCCCUGGGGACAGGCCUGUCACCAGGAGUGCCACUGUCCCUGUCAGGGACAGCCCAGCUGGUGGCAGUGCCACUGUCCCUGCCAAGGACAAUGCAGCCAGGGGCAGUGCCACCUCUGGGGACAGGCCUGUCACCAGGAGUGCCACCAUCCCUACCAGGGACAGUGACACUGGGGACAGGCCUGUCACCAGGAGUGCCACCAUCCCCACCAGGGACAGCUCGGCUGGUGGCAGUGCCACUGUCCCUGCCAAGGACAAGACAGUCAGUGGCAGUGCCACCCCUGGGGACAGGCCAGGCAGGGGCAGUGCCACCGUCCCUGUCAGGGACAGCUCACCCAGCACCAGUGCCACCCCUGGGGACAGGACAGGCAGUGCCACCAUCCCUGUCAGGGACAGCUCAUCCAGGGACAGUGACACUGGGGACAGGCCUGUCACCAGGAGUGCCACCAUCCCCACCAGGGACAGUGACACUGGGGACAGGCCUGUCACCAGGAGUGCCACCAUUCCCAUCAGGGACAGCCUGGCUGGUGGCAGUGCCACUGUCCCUGCCAAGGACAAGCCCAUCAGUGGCAGUGCCACCGUCCCUGUCAGUGACAGCUCACCCAGCACCAGUGCCACCCCUGGGGACAGGACAGGCAGUGCCACCAUCCCUGUCAGGGACAGCUCAUCCAGGGACAGUGACACUGGGGACAGGCCUGUCACCAGGAGUGCCACCAUCCCUGUCAGGGACAGCCCAGCUGGUGGCAGUGCCACUGUCCCCAGUAAGGACAGCUCACCCAAAGAGAGUGCCACCCCUGGGGACAGGCCUGUCACCAGGAGUGCCACUGUCCCUGCCAAGGCCAGCCCAUCCAGGGCCAGUGCCACCUCUGGGGACAGGCCUGUCACCAGGAGUGCCACCAUCCCCACCAGGGACGGUGACACUGGGGACAGGCCUGUCACCAGGAGUGCCACCAUUCCCAUCAGGGACAGUCUGGCUGGUGGCAGUGCCACUGUCCCUGCCAAGGACAAGCCCAUCAGUGGCAGUGCCACCAUCCCUGUCAGUGACAGCUCACCCAGCACCAGUGCCACCUCUGGGGACAGGACAGGCAGUGCCACCGUCCCUGUCAGGGACAGCUCAUCCAGGGACAGUGACACUGGGGACAGGCCUGUCACCAGGAGUGCCACCGUCCCUGUCAGGGACAGCCCAUCCAGUGGCAGUGCCAGCCCUGGGGACAGUCUGUCUGGUGGCAGUGCCACUGUCCCCAGUAAGGACAGCUCAUCCAGGGAUGGUGGCACUCUUGGGGACAGGCCGGUCACCAGGAGUGCCACCAUCCCUGCCAAGGACAAUGCAGCCAGGGGCAGUGCCACCCCUGGGAACAUGUCUGUCACCCGGAGUGCCACCAUCCCCACCAGGAACAGCCCAGCUGGUGGCAGUGCCACUGUCCCUGUCAGGGACAGCCCAUCCAGUGGCAGUGCCACCUCUGGGGACAGGCCGGAUGGUGGCAGUGCCACCAUCCCUGUCAGGGACAGUCUGUCUGGUGGCAGUGGCACUGUCCCCAGUAAGGACAGCUCACCCCAAGGCAGUGCCACCCCUGGGGACAGGCCUGUCACCAGGAGUGCCACCAUCCCCACCAGGGACAGUGACACUGGGGACAGGACAGUCACCAGGAGUGCCACCAUCCCUGUCAGGGACAGUCUGGCUGGUGGCAGUGCCACUGUCCCCAGAAAGGACAGCUCACCCCAAGGCAGUGCCACCCCUGGGGACAGGCCAGGAAGUGCCACCAUCCCUGUCAGGGACAGCUCAUCCCAAGGCAGUGCCCCCUCUGGGGACAGGCCUGUCACCAGGAGUGCCACCAUCCCUGUCAGGGACAGUGACACUGGGGACAGGACAGUCACCAGGAGUGCCACCAUCCCUGUCAGGGACAGCUCAUCCCAAGGCAGUGCCACCCCUGGGGACAGGACAGUCACCAGGAGUGCCACCAUCCCUGUCAGGGACAGCUCAUCCAGUGGCAGUGCCACCACUGGGGACAGGCCUGUCACCAGGAGUGCCACCAUUCCCAUGAGGGACAGCCCAGCUGGUGGCAGUGGCAUUGUCCCCAGUAAGGCCAGCCCAUCCAGUGGCAGUGGCAUGGUCACCAGGAGUGCCACCAUCCCCACCAGGGACAGCCCAGCUGGUGGCAGUGCCACUGUCCCUGUCAGGGACAGCCCAUCCCGUGCCAGUGCCAGCCCUGGGGACAGGCCUGUCACCAGGAGUGCCACUGUCCCCACUGUCCCUGCCAAAGCCAGCCCAUCCAGUGGCAGUGCCACCCCUGGGGACAGGCUGGGCAGGGGCAGUGCCACUGUCCCCAGUAAGGACAGCUCACCCAGAGACAGUGCCACCCCUGGGGACAGGCCUGUCACCAGGAGUGCCACCAUCCCCACCAGGGACAGCCCGGCUGGUGGCAGUGCCACUGUCCCUGUCAGGGACAGCUCAUCCAGCACCAGUGCCACCAUCCCUGUCAGGGACAGCUCAUCCAGGGACAGUGCCACCUCUGGGGACAGGACAGUCACCAGGAGUGCCACUGUCCCCACCAGGGACAGCCCAGCUGGUGGCAGUGCCACUGUCCCUGUCAGGGACAAGCUGAUCAGUGGCAAUGCCACCAUCCCUGUCAGGGACAGCCCAGCCAGGGCCAGUGCCACCUCUGGGGACAGGCCUGUCACCAGGAGUGCCACCAUCCCUGUCAGGGACAAGCUGGUCAGUGGUGCCACUGUCCCCAGUAAGGACAGCUCAGCCAAGGCCAGUGCCACCCCUGGGGACAGGCAGGGCAGGGCCAGUGUCACCAUCCCUGGCAGGGACAGGUCACCCAGAGACAGUGCCACCCCUGGGGACAGGACAGUCAGAGACAGUGCCACCCCUGGGGACAGGACAGUCAGAGACAGUGCCACCCCUGGGGACAGGUUGGGCAGGGCCAGUGUCACCCCUGGGGACAGGUUAGUGAGAGACAGUGCCACCCCUGGGGACAGGACAGUCAGAGACAGUGCCACCCCUGGGGACAGGUCACCCAGAGACAGUGCCACCCAUGGGGACAGGACAGUCAGAGACAGUGCCACCCAUGGGGACAGGACAGUCAGAGACAGUGCCACCCCCGGGGACAGGACAGUCAGAGACAGUGUCACCAUCCCUGGCAGGGACAGGUCACCCAGAGACAGUGCCACCCCUGGGGACAGGUUGGGCAGGGCCAGUGUCACCCCCGGGGACAGGACAGUCAGAGACAGUGCCACCCCUGGGGACAGGUUAGUGAGAGACAGUGCCACCCCUGGGGACAGGACAGUCAGAGACAGUGUCACCAUCCCUGGCAGGGACAGGUCACCCAGAGACAGUGCCACCCCUGGGGACAGGUUGGGCAGGGCCAGUGUCACCCCUGGGGACAGGACAGUCAGAGACAGUGCCACCCCUGGGGACAGGCAGGGCAGGGCCAGUGUCACCAUCCCUGGCAGGGACAGCACAGCCAGGGCCACUGCUGUUGGGGACAGGCCAGGCAGUGCCACUGUCCCCAUCAGGGACAGGAGCAGUGGCAGUGCCACCAUUGGGGACAGGCCAGGCAGUGCCACCAUCCCCGUCAGGGACAGGUCACCCAGAGACAGUGGCACUGGGGACAGGCCAGGCAGGGACAGGUCACACUGGCCCGGUGACUUUGGGGACAGACUGGGCAGUGUCACUGUGCCCAUCAGGGACAGGCCACCCAGAGACAGUGACAGUGGGGACAGGAGCAGUGACACCACUGGGGACAGGCCUGGCAGUGCCACCGUCCCUGUCAGGGACAGGCCACACAGGCCCAGUGGCAGUGGGGACAGGAGCAGUGGCAGUGUCACCAUCCCCGUCAGGGACAGAUCACACAGGGGAAGUGGCUCUGGGGACAGGAGCAGUGGCAGUGCCACUGUCCCUGUCAGGGACAGGCCACCCAGGGCCAGUGACAGUGGGGACAGGCCAGCCGGUAGCAGUGCCACCAUCUCCAGCAGGGACAGAUCACACAAGGCCAGUGGCACCAUUGGGGACAGAAGCAGUGGCAGUGCCACCGUCCCUGUCAGGGACAGGUCACCCAGAGACAGUGGCAUUGGGGACAGAAGCAGUGCCACCACUGGGGACAGGCCAGGCAGUGCCACCGUCUCCAGCAGGGACAGGCCACACAGGCCCAGUGGCACUGGGGACAGGAGCAGUGCCACCACAGGGGACAGGCGUGGCAAUGCCACCAUCCCCAUCAAGGACAGGUCACCCAGAGACAGUGGCACUGGGGACAGGAACAGUGGCGCUGGGGACAGGCCUGGCAGUGCCACCAUCCCUGUCAGGGACAGGUCACACAGGCCCGGUGACUUUGGGGACAGACUGGGCAGUGCCACCGUGCCCAGCAGGGAGAGGCCACACAGGGGCAGUGACAGUGGGGACAGGAGCAGUGGCACCACAGGGGACAGGCCUGGCAGUGCCACCGUGCCCAGCAGGGACAGAUCACACAGGGGCAGUGACAGUGAGGACAGGAGCAGUGGCAGUGCCACCGUGCCCAGCAGGGACAGAUCACACAGGGGCAGUGACAGUGAGGACAGGAGCAGUGGCAGUGCCACCUUGCCCAGCAGGGACAGGCCACCCAGGGCCAGUGACUUUGGGGACAGACCGGGCAGGAGCAGUGCCACUGUCCCUGUCAGGGACAGGUCACACAGGCCCAGUGACUUUGGGGACAGGAGCAGUGGCAGUGCCACCUUGCCCAGCAGGGACAGGCCACCCCGGCCCAGUGACAGUGGGGACAGGAGCAGUGGCACUGUCCCUGUCAGGGACAGCCCAGCUGGGGGCAGUGGCACUGUCCUUGUUGGGGACAGGCCAGUCAGUAGGAGUGGCACCAUUGGGGACAGGCUGGUCACUCUGAGUGACACCGUUGGGGACAGGCUGGUCACUGACAGUGACACCAUUGGGGACAGGCUGGUCACUGACAGUGGCACCAUUGGGGACAGGCUGGUCACUGACAGUGACACUGUUGGGGACAGGCUGGUCACUGACAGUGGCACCAUUGGGGACAGGCUGGUCACAGACAGUGACACCGUUGGGGACAGGCCAGCCAGUAGGAGUGGCACCAUUGGGGACAGGCCAGUCAGUAGGAGUGGCACCAUUGGGGACAGGCUGGUCACUGACAGUGGCACAAUUGGGGACAGGCUGGUCACUCUGAGUGACACCGUUGGGGACAGGCUGGUCACUGACAGUGACACCAUUGGGGACAGGCUGGUCACUCUGAGUGACACCGUUGGGGACAGGCUGGUCACAGACAGUGACACUGUUGGGGACAGGCUGGUCACUGACAGUGGCACCCCUCCUGCCAGGGACUGUCCCUCCAGGGACAGUGGCACUCCAGGGGACAUGCCAGUUGCUGGCAGUGCCACUGUCCCCGUCAGGGACAGCCUAUCCAGGGGCACUGCCACCAUCGUGGACACGCCUGUCACCGCCAGUGCCACCAUCCCCAUCAGGGACAGCCCGUCCAGGGGCACUGCCACCAUCAUGGACACGCUUGUCACCACCAGUGCCACCAUCCCCAUCAGGGACAGCCCGUUCUGGGCUGGUGACACCACUGGGGACAGCUCGGUGGCUGGCAGUGCCACCAUCCCCAUCAGGGCCAGCCCAUUCUGGGCUGGUGACACCGCUGGGGACAGCUCGGUGGCUGGCAGUGCCACCGUCCCCAUCAGGGACUGCCCGUCCAGGGGCACUGCCACCAUCAUGGGCACGCUUGUCACCGCCAGUGCCACCAUCCCCAUCAGGGACAGCCCGUUCUGGGCUGGUGACACCGCUGGGGACAGCUCGGUGGCUGGCAGUGCCAGGGACUGCCCGUCCAGGGGCACUGCCACCAUCGUGGACGCGCUUGUCACCCUCAGUGGCACCGUGAUGGACAGGAGGAUCCUGGGCAGUGUCACCGUCCCCGUCAGGGCCAGCCUGUCCAGGGGCACUGCCACCAUCGUGGACACGCCCGUCUUUGUCAGUGCCACCGUCCUGGUUGGGGACUCCAUCCCCAGGGUCACCGCCACCAUCGUGGAGUCCAGGGUGCCCGGCCGUGCCAUCCUCCCCCUUGGGGACACGCUGGCCUGUGGCAGUGCCACCAUCCCCGGCAGGGACGGUGCAACUGUCACCUUCCCGGGCUGGCCGGGCAGGGACGGUGUCACUGUCCCUCGUGGGGACUGGUCUGGUGGGGACAGUGCCACCAUCCCUCGUGGGGACUGGUCUGGCAGGGACAGUGCCACUGUCCCCUUCCGGGUGUGCCCAUCCAGGGACAGUGCCACCACCUCUGACAGGGACAGUGCCACCAUUCCUCGUGGGGACUGGUCUGGUGGGGACAGUGCCACCAUUCCUCGUGGGGACUGGUCUGGCAGGGACAGUGCCACUGUCCCCUUCCGGGUGUGCCCAUCCAGGGACAGUGCCACCACCUCUGACAGGGACUGGUCUGGCAGGGAUGGUGUCACUGUCCCUCGAGGGGACUGGUCUGGUGGGGACAGUGCCACCAUCCCUCGUGGGGACUGGUCUGGCAGGGACAGAGCCACCACCUCUGUCAGGGAGUGCCCGUCCAGGGACAGUGCCACCAUCCCUCGUGGGGACUGGCCAGGCAGGGACAGUGCCACCGUCCCCAUCAGGGAGUGCCCAUCCAGGGACAGUGUCACCGUCCCUCGAGGGGACUGGUCUGGUGGGGACAGUGCCACCAUUCCUCGUGGGGAUUGGUCUGGCAGGGACAGAGCCACCAUCUGUGACAGGGAUUGGCCAGGCAGGGACAGUGCCACUGUCCCCAACCAGGAGUGCCCAUCCAGGGACAGUGCCACCACCUCUGACAGGGACUGGCCAGGCAGGGACAGUGCCACUGUCCCCAUCAGGGAGUGCCCAUCCAGGGACGGUGUCACUGUCCCUCGUGGGGAGUGGCCAGGCAAGGACAGUGCCACCACCUCUGUCAGGGAGUGCCCGUCCAGGGACAGUGCCACCAUCUGUGACAGGGACUGGCCAGGCAGGGACAGUGCCACUGUCCCCAUCAGGGAGUGCCCGUCCAGGGACAGUGCCACCAUCCCUGUUGGGGCCAGGUCAGUGGGUGGCACUGCCACCGUCCCCAUCCGGGAGUGCCCAUCCAGGGACAAUGUCACCGUCCCCUGUGGGGACUGGUCUGGUGGGGACAGUGCCACUGUCCCCACCCGGGAGUGCCCAUCCAGGGGCAGUGCCACCCUUGGGGACACACACGUCACUGGCAGUCCCCCCAUCAGUGGCAGUGCCACCAUCCCUGACAGGGACUGUCCUUCCCGGGGCGGUGCCACCACAGGGGACAGGCCAGGCAGUGCCACCCUUGGGGACAGGCCAGGCGGUGCCACCCUUGGGGACAAGCCUGCCAGUGCCACCGCGCCCUCCAGGCCCAUCACGCCCGCCCGUGUCAGCGUCAUCAGGGAUGGCAGGACGGGCACCAGGGUGGCACUGGGGGGUCACAGCCAGGCCGGGUCACCCCUGGGGGACACGCAGGGACACACGAGGGCGGGCACGGGCGUGGGGUCCCCUGCGUCACACCAAUAAAAACCAGUAAA